AUGGGUGAUCACAUUGUGGAGUAUGGUAAGAUUUUUUAUUAUAAAGAUGAAAUUUUAAGGAGUAAUUCAGGUAGUACUUGUGUAGUGAAGGUUGGAGAAGAAGAUGAAACUGGACAUAAAUUUUUUGAAGGAUUUUAUGUUUGCUUCAAUGCUUUAAAUAAAGCAUUUUUUGGAGGUGCUAGGAGGUUGAUUGGUUUUGAUGGGUGUUUUCUCAAAGGUGUGUGUAAAGGCCAGUUGUUAGUGGCAGUUUGUAGAGAUGGAAACAACCAAAUGUUGCCUAUUGCUUGGGCAGUUGUUGAGGUUGAGAAUCAGUUUACCUGGACAUGGUUUCUUAAACUAGUGAAGAAUGAUCUUGACCUUGGAGAAGGGCAUCAACUAUCCAUCAUUACUGAUAUGCAAAAGGGACUAGAAAUUGCUGUUGAAAAUGUAUUGCCACUGGUUGAACACAGAAAAUGUGCAAGACAUGUUCUUGUAAAUUGGUGUAAAAACUGA